AUGGGUUUGCCUAAAUCACUAUACAAGAAACUACUCAUAGAUGUCCCGGCAAAGGGCGCCAACCUAAAUUGUAGGCAGUCAGCGACUAACGUUUCUCCGGUUGUGACAAAUUUCGAGAAAUGGUCUGGUAAGCGCAGAAAGAUUUACUUUAAAGAUGAAGAGGAAAUGAUGAUACAAAAUCAUUUAGAAAAUUUUAAUUUGAGAAACAACGUUUAUGGCAGAAUUUUAGCCUCCCCAAUGAGGGCAGAAAAAAUUUCAAAACUAAAGUCUUGCAGAGAGCUCCUCAUUCCAUUGAAAGUAGUAUCCACAGAUGAAAAAGACCACAUUGCUGAAAACAGCAAACUCAAACUAGUUCCUAUACUAGAGUAUUCCAGACCGUGCAAAAGUUCAUACAUAUUGAACUCAGCAUCAAUUGUGCGAGACAAUUUGGCAGCUGGAAAGUCUUGGUUUCCACUCUCAAUAUUGCAAAGCUCAACUCAAAAAAAGCUUGUUUUAGAUACCUCUACAUUCAUAUCAGAGUAUAGCAAUCAAUUGCUGGAACUUAUAAGAGCAAGACUUACAGAAGCAUCGAACGUUGAACCUUCUCCGAAGAACCGAGUUUUAGUUACCUACGACGAAACAAAUACAGCGCCAAUUGAGAUAGAACGAAUUGAAGAUGGUGAAUUGAGAGUUACGCAGUCCGUUUUCAACUUGAGCUGUCUCCAAGCGCCAGCAUUGGAAGCCACCAUGAAUAAAGAUGAAGCCAAUAAGGGGAUCUACUUGGACGCUGACCAUGACAAGGAUCUUAUCAAACAUCUCUACAGGAUUAUAUUGUUCUCGUUGAUGUAA